AUGACCUCCCAACGUCCAGAAGAAUCCGCGCAGGAUGAAAGAAAGGAAUCUGUGCAGCGCAGAAAGGUUUCGAUUAUCGAAGAGCUCAAGGAGGCUAACGUACCUCAUCUUCAUCGGCAUUUAAACAUUCAGCUCGAUACUGGUAAUGAAUAUGCCAACUUUCGCCAAAAAUGGUGGCAGUUGUGGUUACCUAAGGACCCACCGCCUCCAGCUCCCUCGUCUCUGGAGGAUGCAGCACUGACGCCAUUGGCCAAUGCUUCCAUCGUCUCUCAGCUGACUUACUCCUGGGUCACAGGUCUAAUGGUUCUCGGAAAUCAGCGCACGCUGCAAGCAUCUGAUUUAUAUAAAAUGGACACAUCCCGAGAGUCAGCCGUCCUCGCCGCCAAACUCGAAGCUGCAUGGCAACGGCGUGUUCAGGCAGCAGACGACUGGAACGCACGUCUUGAGAGCGGAGAGCUCAAGCCGUCUCUCUUGAAGCGUACGGGCUGGGUCUUGCGUGCAAUCCCCAGUAAAGGGCACGCACAAGGCUCGACUUGGUCCGAGCGACGUGCAGCAUUUCACAAACGCUGGCAAGAAUGCGACGGACGGAAAGAAGCCAGCCUUACAUGGGCUUUGAACGACGUUUUUCGUAAUAUGUUCUGGAUUGGAGGUGCAAUCAAGGCACGAGUGAUGGGUGAUAUGGCGCAACUCAUGAGUCCUCUUGUCCUUCGGCAAAUCAUCGUAUUUGCAGAGGAGCGUUCCGCUGCGAUUUCUGCCGGAGAAUCCGUCCCCAAUGUCGCUCGCGGUAUUGCCAUGGCUUUUGGGCUCUUUUUGCUUAACGUGACUCAAAGCGUCUGCACUCACCAGUUCUUCUGGCGUUCAAUGGCAACAGGCUUGUUGGCCAGAGCCGCACUGAUAACGUGUAUUUAUGAGCGCGGGGUGAACCUCACAGGCAAAGCGCGUGUCAAACUCAACAACGCCGCACUGGUCAACCACAUUUCCACGGACGUGAGCAGGAUUGAUUCCGCCGCUCAGUGGUUUCAUUCAGCCUGGACUUCGCCUAUCCAGAUCAUAGUCUGUGUAAUCAUUCUUCUAACCGAGCUUGGACCGUCCGCGCUCGUUGGUUGCUCUCUAUUCCUCCUGGUCAGCCCAUUGCAGGGACGGUUGAUGAAGUUGCAGCGCCGCCUGCGCUUGGGGUCAAUGAAGUGGACUGAUCAACGUGCCAAAGUCCUGCUAGAGGUACUCGGGGCCAUACGAGUGGUCAAGUUCUUCUCUUAUGAGGUUCCCCUCCUUCAAAGAAUCCUCGAGCUUCGAAAGAAUGAAUUGCGUGGUAUUCGACGGAUACUUCAUUCAACUUCUGCGAAUAUGGCGGUCGCGCUUUCGCUCCCAGUUCUAGCUGCUACACUAGCCUUCGUCACAUACACCCUCACAACACACGACUUCAACAUUGCUGCCAUAUUCGUCUCGCUGAGUCUGUUCCAGCUUCUGCGGCAACCGAUGCUAUUUAUGCCCACCGCUCUGUCUGCAAUCCCUGACGCAUCCAGCGCGAUCCAGCGGCUCACGCACAUAUUCCACGCAGAGCUCAUGUCUGAAGAUGCACUUGUGAUCGAUAAGGACCAAGAGCUUGCGCUCGUGGUGAAGGAUGCGACGUUUGAGUGGGAGUCUUUCGAGAAAAAAUCCGGUGACGCCCUCAACUCGAAGAAGCUCGGGGGUAAGGAGAACAGCGCGAAAACAAAUUCUGAGGCGAAAGAAUCUGGAAAGGAGGCACCACCCUUUAGGGUCAAGAAUGUGACCAUGACCAUCCCGCGAGGUCGGCUGGCCGCCGUGGUCGGGCCUGUCGGAAGCGGCAAGUCCAGCUUGUUGCAAGGACUGAUAGGGGAGAUGAGGAAGGUCUCCGGGCAUGUCUCAUUUGGAGGUCGCGUCGGCUAUUGUCCACAGACCGCAUGGAUCCAGAACGCAACCCUGCGUGAUAAUGUCACUUUUGGUCAACCAUUCGAGGAAGAUAGAUAUUGGCAUGUUAUCGAGACCGCUUGCCUGCUUCCUGAUCUCCAACUGCUCCCAGAUGGGGAUUUAACUGAGAUCGGAGAAAGGGGCAUCAAUCUCAGUGGCGGCCAGAAGCAGAGAGUCAACAUCGCUCGUACUCUGUACUUCGACCCUGACAUCGUCGUAUUCGAUGACCCGCUCUCAGCAGUGGAUGCACACGUCGGAAAGUCGUUGUUCCAAGAUGCCAUUUUGGGCGCCCUGCGAAAUCGCGGCGUCACCGUCAUUCUGGUCACUCACGCGAUCCACUUCCUUUCGCAGGUAGAUCACAUCUACACACUAAACAACGGCGUCAUCACAGAAAGCGGAACCUAUGAUGAACUGAUCUCUCGCGGCGGGGACUUUGCGCGUUUGGACCUUGAGUUCGGUGGCCAUGCGUCUGAGGGGAAGGACAACGACCGAGCAGAGGAAGUCGCUCCGCAGACGAGCAUCACCAUCGAGCUCGUGAAGUUGAAGUCAGAAAGAGCCAGAGAUAAGGCUGCUGGGAGCGGUAAACUCGAAGGUCGCUUGAUGUCGCAAGAGAAGCGGUCGACGGGUUCUGUGUCCUGGAGAGUGUACUGGACCUACUUGGUUGCAGGACGCGGUUCGAUCAUGGGACCUCUGGUUCUUUUCUUCAUGAUUGCGAUGCAGGGAAGCCAGAUCCUGAACUCUUAUACGCUAGUUUGGUGGGAGAGCAACAAUUUCAACCGACCGGACUCUUUUUAUCAGACGCUGUAUGGUUGCCUGGGGGUUGGUCAAGCGCUCUUUACAUUCUUGCUUGGUGUUGGAAUGGACUUCGUUGCCUCUUACGUGUCUCGAACCCUGUACCAGAAGUCCGUACGCAACAUUUUUUAUGCGCCCAUGUCCUUUUUUGACACUACGCCUAUGGGUCGAAUCCAAAGUGUUUUGGGCAAAGACAUCGACAGUGUCGAUAAUCAACUAGGGCACGCAAUGAGGAUGGUUGUCCUUUCGCUGUCCAAUAUUAUGGGCUCUAUCGUCAUUGUUGUCAUCCUUGAACCGUAUUUUCUUAUUGCUGUCUUCUUCAUCGGCAUCUGUUACAGCUAUUUCGCUACCUUCUAUCAAGCCAGUGCCCGUGAGGUCAAGCGCAUAGACGCAAUGCUUCGUUCACUUCUGUAUGCCCACUUUUCCGAGACAUUGACAGGACUUCCUACCAUCCGAAGCUACGGAGAGAUGAAGCGGUUCAUUGACGCCAACAGACACUAUGUCGAUCUGGAGGAUAGAGCUCUAUACCUCGUAGUUACAAAUCAAAGGCGAAUGGCUUGCGGUAAGGCUGGACUUCAUGGGAGGCGUAUUGGUGUUAUUUGUCGCUCUUCUCGCAGUGACCGACGUCUCCGGGAUCAACGCCGCCCAGAUAGGGCUGUUACGCUGUCACUCAUGUGUGGCAUGGUGACCCGACAAACGGCAGACGUCGAGAAUAACAUGAACGCAGUGGAACGAUUGGUGGAGUACGUCAAUGGCAAAACGAUCCCCCAGGAGGCACCACAUGAGAUAGAAGCUCAUAAGCCUCCGGCGCAAUGGCCCGAGCAUGGCGCCGUCGAAUUUAAAGAUGUCAAGAUGGCAUAUAGACCUGGCCUUCCCAAUGUAUUGAUGGGCAUCUCGGUCAAAGUCGAAGGAGGAGAGAAAAUAGGUGUUGUUGGAAGGACUGGUGCGGGAAAAUCUUCGUUGAUGCUUGCGUUGUUUCGAAUCGUCGAGUUGUCUGGUGGUUCCAUUACUGUCGAUGGUGUCGAUAUAUCUACGAUUGGUCUUAAAGACCUCCGCUCUAGGAUCUCCAUCAUCCCACAAGAUCCUCUUCUCUUUAGCGGGACCAUCCGGUCCAACCUGGAUCCAUUCUCCCAACACAGUGACGCAAAAUUAUGGGAUGCGUUACAUCGGUCUUGUCUUGUUGAUUCUAGCACCACCUCGAAACACACCUCUGGCAGCGAUGUCAUCGAGAGGGAGCAAAUUCAUACCAUCCGCUACGACCUUGACAGAACUAUUGAGAGCGAGGGAGCGAACCUGAGUGUUGGAGAAAGAUCUCUGCUCAGUCUAGCUCGUGCGUUGGUCAAAGAUUGCAAAGUCGUCGUGCUCGACGAGGCGACAGCCUCCGUUGAUCUCGACACCGAUAGCAAGAUCCAACAGACGAUUCAGACGGAAUUCAAGGACCGCACGCUACUUUGUAUUGCUCACCGGCUUCGAACUAUUAUUUCGUACGACCGGAUUCUGGUCCUGGACGCUGGCCUCGUUGCAGAAUUUGACACUCCAUCCAAUCUAUUCAAGAUGGAAGGUGGGGUUUUCCGCGGCAUGUGCGAGAGGAGUAAUAUCUCCUUGAAAGAUAUAGAAACGAGUAGACAGGUUUAA